CAAUCUCACUCUGCCGCGUUCGUGGCGGCGGUGUGAUACAUAUUUUCACCGGAGAGAAACCGGCAACAGAUUUCAAUUCUCAGUGAGGCGGAAGAGUGUCGUCGAUAUUUUCGAUCGAUGGCAACACCUCACGACCAAAAAGCAGCCGUCGGUUCUGGCGACGACUCUACUCAGCACCCAAUCUCCAAUAUUCUCUUCAUAAUCGCUAUGCAAACCGAAGCGUCGCCGCUAGUAAACAAGUUUAAGCUUGCUGAGGAGCCUAACUCAGUGUUUCCGAAGGGGGUUCCGUGGGUGAGGUACAGCGGCAAAUACAAAGAUUUGAACAUCAAUAUUGUUUGUCCAGGAAAAGACACAACAUUGGGUGUUGAUUGUGUGGGUACAGUCUCAGCAUCUCUUUUGGCUUAUGCUUCUAUUCAAGCUUUAAAGCCAGACCUUAUCAUAAAUGCAGGAACUGCUGGAGGAUUCAAGGCGAAAGGUGCUUCAAUAGGUGAUGUAUUUCUUGCAUCAGAUGUUGCCUUCCAUGAUAGGAGAAUUCCUAUCCCUGUAUUUGACCUUUAUGGUGUUGGCUGUCGUAAAACCUUCUCCACACCUAAUCUUGCUAAGGAGCUGAACUUAAAGGUUGGAAAAUUAUCUACUGGUGAUUCUUUAGAUAUGUGCGCAGAAGAUGAAGCAGCAAUUCUUGCAAACGAUGCAACUAUCAAAGACAUGGAGGGAGCCGCGAUUGCUUAUGUGGGACAUCUCUUGGACGUGCCCGUAUUGUUUUUGAAAGCUGUGACGGAUAUUGUUGAUGGUGACAAACCAACCAGUGAGGAAUUUCUACAAAAUUUGAACGCAGUGACCAUUGCACUGGAUCUGGCAGCAACCAAAGUGGUUGAUUUUAUCAAUGGAAAGAGUUGCUCAGAACUAUGAUCCCUCUCAGUUUGGGACCAUAUCAUUCCUGUAUAAACCACUAAUACACGACUUAUGUUAUUGUACCCAUUGUUUUCAGACAUUUGAUGAUUGUCUGUGAAGAGCUGUGAGAUUUCUAUUUAUGGCAAAUACGCUUGUGUUUU